CACCACCCACUGGAGCUGCACUGCGCCGUGAGGCACCGAGCUACGCUACCAGCAGGCACCGCCCUAUCGACCGACGUCAACCUCCAACCCCUCCACCCUCCUGCCCUCGACCCCCAAAACACCCUCACCACCGACGCCCGCGGUCCAGACGGAUCCCAAUUGUCCCACGACGACCUCACAGCAGGGCCAUUCGUCAAAUCCCCGCCGCAACCAUGUCGGAAGCUCCCAUCGUCCUCGAUGGAGGCACCGGCUUCCUCAAGGUCGGCUAUGCUGCCCAGAACUUCCCCGAGCACCAGUUCCCCUCGAUGGUCGGCCGGCCGAUCCUGCGUAGCGAGGAGAAGGGCGCCGACACCAGCGACCUCGUAAUCAAGGACAUCAUGUGCGGAGACGAGGCCGCCGCGGCCCGCACAAUGCUCCAGAUCUCGUACCCCAUGGAGAACGGCAUCGUCAGGAACUGGGAAGACAUGCAGCACCUCUGGGACUUUACCUUCUUCGAGAAGCUCAAGGUUGACCCCCGCGGCCGCAAGAUCCUCCUGACCGAGCCUCCAAUGAACCCCCUGAAGAACCGCGAGCAGAUGUGCGAGGUCAUGUUUGAGCGCUACGGGUUUGGUGGUGUCUAUGUUGCCAUUCAGGCCGUGCUGGCGUUGUAUGCUCAAGGUCUCAGCUCCGGUGUUGUCGUUGAUUCUGGCGAUGGCGUCACCCACAUUGUCCCCGUCUACGAAUCCGUCGUCCUUAACCACCUCACCCGCCGACUCGACGUUGCCGGCCGCGACGUCACCAAGAACCUGAUCUCCCUGCUCCUGCGACGCGGAUACGCUCUGAACCGGACGGCCGACUUUGAGACGGUGCGCCAGAUCAAGGAGAAGCUGUGCUACGUCUCGUACGACCUCGAGCUCGACAAGCGCCUCAGCGAGGACACCACUGUUCUUGUCGAGAGCUACACCCUGCCCGAUGGCCGCAUCAUCCGCGUUGGCAGCGAGCGCUUCGAGGCCCCCGAGUGCCUGUUCCAGCCCCACCUCGUCGACUGCGAGCAGCCUGGCAUGGCCGAGUUCCUGUUCAACACGAUCCAGGCCGCCGACGUCGACGUCCGCGCUGACCUGUACAAGGCCAUUGUCCUCUCCGGAGGCAGCAGCAUGUACCCUGGCCUCCCUUCGAGACUGGAGAAGGAGCUCAAGCAGCUGUGGCUCACGCGCGUGCUGGGCGGCGACCCGACACGCCUCAACAAGUUCAAGGUCAGAAUAGAAGACCCUCCCCGCAGGAGGCACAUGGUAUUCCUCGGCGGCGCCGUGCUCGCCAACAUCAUGGCGCAAAACGACAGCAUGUGGAUCUCCAAGGAGGAGUGGGCGGAGCAGGGCCCGAGAAUCCUCGAGAAGCUGGGUCCUCGAUAGACAAGGUAGUGGUCAUUGGUUUUUUCAAAGUGUAUAGAGGGUGGUCUUUACUACGUAGCAAAAAAAGCCCAUUUUUCGUCA